AUGCACUCUUGUCCGUUGAGAGUGUACGCCUCUCCCAAACCUUCUGACGGGUUUGGGGGAUCAACUCCCAAAUAUUGGGAGAUUUGGGGGUUUGGGAAAAAACAACUCCCGUUGGACAUCCACGGGUGA